AUGCCAGCCAUCACAGACAACGUCUCGUUCAACAACAUCGCGCGCGAAUGGCGCUGCAAGUGGUCUGCCGACGGGGAGAAGGCUUCCCUGAAAGCUGCGCAAGCCGCACUGGAAGAAGUUUUGCCAGAGAUCAAGAAGGUGGACGGCCUAGGCGGCAACUCUUCCAGACGCAGCUUCUGUGAAAGCGCUUGGCAGCUGAACUUUGCAGGCAGCGUGCAGCGCGUGGUCUGCGGCGGCUGCUUGGACUUCAAGGCAUCUGUCGGCCAAGCUGGCCCAGGCAGCGCGAGCAAAGCAACGCUUUUCUCGCAGGUUGUUGUGAAGCUGCCGGCGGAUAAGUUCGGCGACUGGGAGAAGACCAAGUUCGCACCAGAGGCCCCCCCGUACAGAGGACAGGGGGAGCCGUCAGGAGGCAUCAGGAUCCGAGAAGCUCAGGAGGCAUUUCUGGGCAAGCUCAAGGGCAUUGAGGGGAUUUCCAUCGUCGAGACGCAGACCUACACCUUGGAGGAGGCAAAGAUGGCCGCGUCACGCGCAGCACGGGUCACUGUGGCUGCUGUGGCCCUGAUGUCCACGCUGGCUUUCUUGGCGCCUUCGUCGCCGCGAGUUGCACCUCCAGCCCAUCGUGGAAUGGCCCCUGCCUCCAUCGGUGACAGUGACAAUCAGGGAGGCCUACAACUGAGCGCCUCGGUUGGCUUCGCAGCUUUGCUGGCUGCAGCAGUGCUGCGUCGCGCAUCCAUUACGGACAAAGUCUCGUUUGACAACAUCGCUCGGGAGUGGCGCUGCAAGUGGUCUGCAGACGACGACAAGGCAUCGCUGGAUGCAGCCCAGGAGGCCUUGGAUUCCGUGAUCUCGGACGUGAAGUCUGUGGACGGCGUGAAGUCGGUGCAGCGAGUCGUCUGUGGAGGGUGCCUAGACUUCAAGGUGGUUGUGAAGCUGCCAGCGGACAAGUUCGGCGACUGGGAGAACGCGGGCUUUGCUCCGGAGGAGGCAUUCCUGGACAAGCUCAAGGCUAUCGAUGGCAUCUCUACCGUGGAGACGCAGACCUACACGCUUGAAGAGGUCUGA